AAUAUGGUAUAAGAAGAUGACGACGUAGGCAUCACUAAACGAGCAUUCAAUUUGUCUGGUUUCUUAUGGUUUCGAAGUUCCCUUCCCGCAUAUUUUAACGCACAAAUAUCUCUUGCCAGCGCACCACUUAACCAAGUUGAACGGCUUGUUUUGGUCCCCUGCCGUCACUCUAUCUUUUCACCACGCGCCACCAUUACUGUCCGAUCUUCGGCACAACUGAAAUGCUGCCCUACUCAACUCUCGAAGAAGCCACCACGGCUCUGGGUCGGAACCUGACGUUUGCGGAGACUUUAUGGUUCAAUUACUCGGCUCAAAAAUCGGAUUACUAUCUCUACUGCCACAACAUUCUGUUUCUAUUUGUGAUCUUUUCUGUUGUGCCUCUUCCCACGGUGCUGAUUGAACUACUGGGAUCUAGUAAUUUUGAUAAGUACAAGAUUCAGCCUAAAGUUAGGCUCUCUUUUUCUGAGAUGUUUCGGUGUUACAAGGAUGUUAUGCGCAUGUUUUUUCUUGUUGUUGGCCCGCUUCAGCUCGUGUCUUAUCCCGCCAUCAAGAUGGUUGGGAUUAGAAUUGGGUUGCCAUUGCCAUCGGGGUGGGAGAUUUUCGUGCAAUUGGCAGUGUACUUUGUGGUGGAGGAUUAUACAAAUUAUUGGAUCCAUAGAUUUCUCCAUGCGAAAUGGGGUUAUGAGAAAAUCCACCGUGUUCACCAUGAAUACUCUGCUCCAAUUUCAUAUGCUGCGCCAUAUGCGCAUUGGGCUGAGGUUUUGAUACUUGGGAUUCCAUCUUUUCUGGGUCCGGCAAUUGUUCCUGGCCACAUGAUUACUUUCUGGUUGUGGAUUGCUUUGCGGCAGAUUGAGGCCAUUGAGACUCAUAGUGGGUAUGACUUCCCCUGGACUCCUACAAAGUACAUUCCAUUUUAUGGUGGUGCAGAGUACCAUGACUAUCAUCAUUUCGUGGGAGGACAAAGCCAGAGCAACUUUGCUUCUGUUUUCACCUAUUGCGAUUUCAUUUAUGGAACUGAUAAGGGCUAUCGCUAUCAAAAGAAGGUCCUUAGCAAGAUGAAAGAGGAGUUAAGAGGAAUUGGUGAACAGAAUGGAGGGUAUUAUCAAGAUCUUAAAUUGGAGUAAUCUUCUGAUUGCUAAAUCCUUGUUGGGAUUCAUAUUUCUUGCCGGUGACUGCUCCUGGAAAUCUCUGAUUUCAAGUAGACAUUUCUUUGCCAUUCUGGUAAAAUAGAAGUGUUUAACUUGGGAUUGUGAUUUUGUGAAGAUUGAGGCGAGCUUUAUUCUUGAUUGUCAAGGUCUAGAAUUUUGGACAUUAUGGUCAAGUAAGGAUAUAUAAACUGAAACUAUAGCUCGUUUUUUUAAUCUUGAUAUAAGUAUUAGCUUAGCAUUGAAACAUAUGCCAAUGUUAGUGGACAAUUUGAAUUUGAUGUUUCCAAUCAAGACUUUCGUGUUAAUUGGUUGAAAUAUAAAAGAAAAUCAAAUUGACAAAUAA